AUGAAACUGGACAGGGCUUUCUUGUGUGUUAAAAUAUUCUUAGUUUGUUACACAACGGUGAACUGUAAAAAUUCAGAUGAGUCAAAUAAGCCCGAUAUAGCUAGGGCGGGAAAAACUAAACGACAGAAAUUGGUACAAAAUUCAGCGGUAGGAACAUUGUCCAAUGUCAUAACACAAAUCCAAAACUUACCUAACAUGGAUUUGGGUAGACGAUUCCGCACCCCGUGCAAGACUGGCAACAAAUGUGGCAAGGUAAUCAAACGUCUUAUGGUGCCGAAACUUGCACAACUCGAGAACACAAUAAUGGGAAUAAUGAAGGAAUUAUCAAAAAUGCCACCCGGCUCUCGACUUCCUGAUAAAUAUACAAAAACGGAACCGAUUAAGUUAUUAUUGGAUCAGAAUUAUAAGGAGGACGUUUGCAUGGACAAACUGGAAUCGUGUCUGAAGGAAGAUAAGCGACGCAAACGCAUCUUGAAGAAGCUAUUCUUCAAGAAGUACAACUCAGUGCGACAGGAGCUCAUUGGCUACGGCGGCAGACGACUUUGGGGUGGCGAAGGAAAUCUAUUUUAUAAGUGA